AUGUCCAGUGGUAGAAUAGCCGUCUACGGAGGCCGCGGCGCCCUAGGAUCCGCGUGCGUCAACUAUUUCAGAGCAGCCAAUUGGUGGAUCGCAAAUAUUGACCUGAAGGCAAAUCCCUCAGCUGAUUUCAACAUCACAGUACCUUCAGAUGCAUCAUGGACGCAGCAGGAAGAGCACGUCAUGACGUUAUUAAACACGGGGCUGCAGGAUAACAAAUUAGACGCUGUUAUCUGUGUCGCCGGCGGCUGGACUGGAGGCAACCUCUGUGAUAACUUCAGCAAGAAAUCAGACGUGAUGUGGCGCCGGUCGGUCUGGCCUUCCGCCAUUGCUGCUUCUGUGGCAACCAAACACCUCUGUCCGGGAGGACUGCUUGCUUUGACGGGAGCUAUACCCGCUUUGAAAGGCACCCCAGAGAUGAUAGGCUACGGCAUGGCUAAAGCAGCUGUCCACCAACUCACUAAGUCUCUCGGAGCUGAGAAUUCUGGUCUGCCUGCGAAUGCAGUGGCUGUAGCACUACUUCCCUUGGCCUUAGAUACACCAAUGAACAGGAAAUUAAUGCCUAAAGCUGACUUCACGUCAUGGACCCCGCUGUCGUUCGUUGCUCAACUGCUGGAAAAAUGGAUCAGUGGUCAGGAACGGCCGGCGAGUGGGAGCCUGGUCGCGCUUAUUACAGAAGAUUGCGAUACCCAGGUAAUACUCUCAGAGACAGAAGAGCUCAGAAAAAGGGAUGUUUUAACAGAAACGUAA